UUGGAAAUUGCAUUUUUUUUUCAGUUAACAAAUUUUUUUUCAUUGUCAGUAAAUGAGUACCUGCUAUUGACAGUUAUUGUAUGUAUACCAAACAUGUGCUGCUGUCCGAAAUAUUUACCCAUCCCUUCAAUUGUACUAAUUCUGGCUAUGCUUUUGGGACGAUUUUACUGGAUUUCAACGGCUAUGGAAGGAUUUAUCUUCACCCCAGUGACUAUAGAGGUGAUCGAUAUCAGUCCUUGUACGGAUUUAGGGUUUCGAAAACAGCUUCUCUUGAAUUUCGAAGUUGGCGUCUCAAGUCUAUUGUCCGAUUCCGACGUCGACCCCGUUCGCAUAAUAAAUGGAAAUAUUUCUCUCGCAUCACCCGUUGACACGACACACCGAAUAUCCCUUCGUACGUUGCGUCUGGAGAACGCAAAGUGGAUUCCGGACAAGACAUAUUUACAUAACGAAUUCCUUUGCACCAUAAUAGAUCAGUUGGCGAAUGGUGCGACCUCAAACGACGCUAUCGACGUUAUUAGGACGACGCCAGCGACGACAAAAACCUCGUGCCCUUUACCAACAGGCACUUACGAAAUUAACGGUUUCCCCGCUACUUUAAGGAACAUUUACGGAUAUCCUUUAGAUGCCAUUGGACGAGGUAUAUUUAGGGUGGAAAUCAUGGAGGGUAAUAAUAUCCCCUCUUGUUUUGAUGUUCUUACCGAAAGUGCUUUUGGAUUACUAAAUAAAUAGAAAUGAUAUGUUUUUGUAACAUUAAAAUUAACAAGA